CGGCGCUUUCCCUCCCUCACUACUACCGUGGAUAAAAAAGUACCAUUGGCGGGACUUCGUCUCUGUUUUUGAACUAUAAUUUCUUAUGUAAAAUUAUAAGCAGCGUUACAGCGCAUAUAUCACCACCAGUUAUCAUACAGUGACAUCUAUAAGCCGAUUUAAAGUAGAGCGAGGGCCCGCUUCCCCUCAGGAUACAGACAGGCCAUCAUGAAGCUGACGGACAAUGUGCUGCGGAGCUUCAGAGUUGCUAAGGUGUUUCGAGAAAACUCAGACAAAAUUAACUGCUUCGAUUUCAGUUCAAACGGAGAGACGAUUAUUUCCAGCAGCGACGACGACUCGCUAGUCUUGUACGACUGCCAAGAGGGAAAACCCAAGAGGACUCUCUACAGUAAAAAGUACGGAGUGGAUCUGAUCAGGUACACACAUGCUGCAAACACUGUGGUCUACAGUUCCAACAAAAUCGAUGAUACAAUCCGAUACCUGUCCCUCCAUGACAACAAAUACAUCCGUUACUUUCCUGGACAUAACAAAAGAGUGACAUCUCUCUCCAUGUCUCCUGUGGAUGACACAUUUAUUUCUGGCUCAUUAGAUAAAACUAUCAGACUAUGGGAUCUGCGGUCACCUAACUGCCAGGGUCUGAUGCACCUGCAGGGGAAGCCAGUGUGUUCCUUUGAUCCGGAGGGUCUCAUUUUUGCUGCUGGAAUAAAUUCAGAAAUGGUUAAACUUUAUGACCUGCGGUCAUUUGACAAGGGUCCCUUUGCAACCUUCAAGCUUCAGUAUGAUCGAACGUGCGAGUGGACAGGACUCAAGUUUAGCAAUGAUGGCAAACUCAUUCUUCUUUCUACUAAUGGCGGAGCACUUCGAAUUUUAGAUGCCUUCAAGGGCGCUGUGCUACAUUCCUUCGGGGGCUACAACAACAGUAAAGGUGUGACACUGGAGGCCUCAUUCACUCCAGACUCUCAGUUUGUCAUGAUUGGCUCUGAGGAUGGAAAGAUCCACGUGUGGAACGCAGAGAGUGGCAUGAAGGUGGCUUUAUUAGACGGAAAGCACACGGGUCCCAUCACCUGCCUGCAGUUCAACCCAAAGUUCAUGACGUUUGCUAGUGCCUGCUCCAACAUGCUGGUGCUGGGGGCCUACAGAGAGCCGAAGCAGAGCUGGGACCGGGACUAUGAUCACUUCCUGCUUCCUCUCCUGGACGACCAAGAGCCCUGCUACGUGCUGUACCGCCUCGACUCCCAGAACGCACAGGGCUAUGAGUGGAUCUUCAUUUCAUGGUCUCCGGACCAAUCUCCUGUGAAACAGAAAAUGCUGUACGCCGCCACCCGGGCCACAGUGAAGAAGGAGUUCGGUGGCGGUCACGUGAAGUACGAGCUGUUCGGCACGACUGAGGAGGACGUCUGUUUGAUGGGCUACCAGCGUCACGUGUCAUCCUGCUCGGGUCCUGCCCCCCUCACAGUAGCCGAGCAGGAGCUCCAGAGGAUCAAAAUCACUGAGGGCCGGGUUAAACAGGUGAACACAGAUGUCGGCGUGGAGAGUAAGCCCCAGACGCUUCAGGGCCUCGCCUUUCCCCUGCAGGAGACGGCCAGACGAGCCCUGCAGCAGCUCGCCCAAAAACGCAUCAACUACAUACAGCUGAGGUUGGACGUAAACAAGGAGACAAUUGAGCUGGUCCACUCAAACCCGACAGAAACUCGAGAUUUGCCUCGCAGAGUUCCCCAAGACACUCCCAGAUACCACUUCUUCCUGUACAAACACUCCCACGAAGGAGACUACCUGGAAUCUGUCGUGUUCAUAUACUCCAUGCCAGGAUACAACUGCAGCAUUAAGGAGCGGAUGCUGUAUUCCAGCUGCAAGAGCCGACUACUGGAGGACGUGGAGAAGGAUUACCAUUUGGAAGUUGCUAAAAAGCUGGAGAUUGACAAUGGAGAGGAACUGACAGAGGACUUUCUGUACGAUGAGGUCCAUCCCAAGCAGCACGCCCACAAGCAGGCCUUCGCUAAGCCCCGGGGCCCUGCAGGAAAAAGGGGACACAAGCGCCUUAUCAAGGGGACGGGAGGGGCUGUUCAGGACAGUUAGACGUGGACAGAAACUCACCUAUCUGCAGCUCCUAGUCUCCCUCCCCGUUUUCUCCACUAUCACCACUAUCACGAGCACAGCGACGCAUUUCCUCUGCUGUUUGUGUACCGAAACACUUGUGAUGUAGUACAAAUAUACUUUUGGUGGAAGUGUGUUGAUAAAUUUUAGGUAGCGGCAAAGUUUCACAGAAGUCACACUGCAGCGCAGGCAGGUGGCUUUCUUAUUCUUAUAAAGCCAGUCUGUCUCGUUCUUCCUCACUUACAACUCAUAGUUUACAGCAUAAUAAUAAACCAGUGCUGAAUCACAAGUGUGUAGUCAAAUGCUUCGAUGCUCUUGUAGCAGCCAGUUUUGUAUCAUCCCUGUUUGUAAGAAAGAAAAAAAGAAAAGAAAGAAAAUUCCAAAUAAAAUUUUGUUUAUACUGGG